AUGAAGUUCACCAAGAGGUACGAGACGUACAUGCGGGGGAUCAGGAGGACGGCGGAGCAGGAGCUCCCCGCCGUGGGGCUCAAGCGCCUCAAGAAGAUGCUCAAGAAAUGCCGCUCCCACCGCACCCCGCACCACAAAACCGGCGCCUCCUCCCCGUCCUCCUCCUCCGACGCCGCCGCAGCCCGGUGCACCGGCCAUUGCUCCGUGUGUGAUGGCAGCUUCUUCCCGUCCCUUCUCGACGAGAUGUCAGCCGUCGUAGGCUGCUUCAACGAGAAGGCCAAGAAGCUCCUCGAACUGCACUUGGCGUCGGGGUUCAAGAAAUACGUCAUGUGGUUCAGCAACAGGCGUCACAAGAACCAUGGGCAGUUAAUACAGCAAGGCAAAGACUUGGUCACGUAUGCGAUUAUAAACGCCGUGGCUAUGAGGAAGAUCCUCAAGAAGUAUGACAAGAUACACUAUUCGAAGCAAGGACAGGAGUUCAAAGCUCAGGCCCAGAGCCUGCACAUUGAGAUACUUCAGUCCCCAUGGCUAUCUGAGCUAAUGGCUUUCUACAUGAACCUGAGAAGAAGCAAGAACAACGAGACUGCGAUGGAGCUCUUUGGUGACUGCUCGCUCACAUUUGAUGACGACCAGCCAACGCUCUCAUGCAACCUCUUUGACUCUAUGCGCGUUGACAUCAGCUUGACAUGUUCAAUUUGCUUGGACCCAAUGUUUGAUCCGGUCUCGCUUUCCUGUGGCCACAUAUUUUGCUACUUGUGCUGCUGCUCUGCUGCAUCGGUGACGAUUGUCGAUGGGUUGAAGUCCGCAGAUCACAGAUCAAAGUGCCCUUUGUGCCGACAGGCUGGGGUCUUUCCUGAUGCUGUGCACUUGGACGAGCUGAACAUGCUACUUAGCUAUAGUUGUCCGGAGUACUGGGAGAAGAGAAUGCAGAUGGAGCGAGUUGAACGUGUUCGUCUGGCUAAGGAGCAUUGGGAGUCCCAGUGCAGAGCAUUCUUGGGCGUCUGA